AUGUCCGAAGGGCCGCAGCGCCAGCACCAGUAUCAGCGGGCAUCUCGCAACAUGUGCGAUCAGGAGCAGCCUUGCGGCAACUGCCUCCGUCGGUUCCCCGUGCCGGUGUGCGAAUAUCGCACAGGCAACCCGGGGACGGAUUGCUCGACGGAUCCGUCCACCAACGACGCGCCUUGGCUGGUGACUAAGCCUCUCGAUGAAAGCAACGACGCGGCAAUAGCAGUAUCAUCAUCAUCAUCAGCACCGGCACCAGCGCCAUGGUUCCCACUGGCUGAUCCGAAGCGCAGCAGGCUGAACUUGGACACGACUCACGCGUCGCAGCAGGUACUCACAUACCGUCUCGCGGUGCCGGGUCUAGUCUUCGACAUCGCCGGCGAAGAGGACGAUGACGGUGGUCGAGCUCCUGCAGAUGACGCGGCUCCUCGAAGAUGGCAUCAUGCGCUAGAGCCCAGACUUCAGCGUCCAGAACGGCCCGUCGGCGGGGUGGACGAGCAAAUCGCGCAUCUUCCGGUGGCACAAACGACACUAAACAAGAAACUCCUUCGAAUAUACAUCACAGUUCUCUCCCGCUUCAAGGCCUCCCUCAACGGUGAUCCGGAACCCAACAACCCUUUCAUCCGCUACUACUCUCCCUUCUGCCUCCAGGACCCCCUCGUCAUGAAAAUCAUUCUCUACACCUCAGCAUGCUUUCUCCACGAAACGGGCCAUGUCCGAACCACGGCCCUACGAACGAUCAAGGGCCACGCCAUCCGAAUGCUAAACGAGAGCCUGCGGCCCAAUGACGUUGGUAGUAGGCGACAUCAAAGUCUUCAGAACACCACCGGAACCGCACUCGAGACAACAAUCGAUAGUGGCGGCGGCGGCGGCGGCAUCAGCAGCAUCAACGGGAGAUCAGAACACCCCAGCGACGCCGCCAUUGCAGGGGUCAUUCAGUUGACCGUGGCCGAGUGGUACUGGGGUGAGUCGGAAGAGGACCUGCGAUACCACCUCAGGGGCUUGCGAGGUAUGAUCCGGCUACGAGGUGGCUUCAACAAACUCGGUAUGAACGGUCUCUUAGCAAAGAACGCUAUCAUUCACGAUGUCUCCAUAUCCCUUGCGCACGAAAAAAGCCCACUGCUACUGACUCUGUCGUCCUCGGACGACAGCCGCGGAGGAGGCGACAGGAGCCAAGAAAUCGAGAGUCAAGCACGGCGCAGUCAAGGAGGAGCGACGGCAACGCCGGCAACGGCAUCAGAUCCAUGGGGCUUGACAGGAUAUGUCUUUGUCAACCCUAUAAAAGACCUGCCCCUUCGCAUGGCGCACAUGACACCUCUAGUCAGCCACUUACCCUCGUCCUUCGGCCUGCUCCCGUCAUUUGUCGACUGUGCCGCAAGCCUCGGCAUGCACCCGGCGACGGCCUCAAUCCUCGACAAUGUAAGGUAUCUGUUCAGCGCCGUUGAGGCAAUCUACACCACCGCGAGCGAAACGAUAGUAUCGACGAGUACGGCUAUGGGAACGACAGCGACAUCGACAUCGACACCGACGCCGGCACAGGCCUCCCGAAAGGCGCGACUCACGGGGAAAUACAUGCACGAGCACAUAUCGGGGCUUCAUCCUACGAUCCCGGGAUGCCGGCAAGCCUUGUCGCCGGAGGCAUCGACCAGGACGAGUCCGCCGUCGAGCAGCAGCAACUACUUUGCGGCCGCCGAUGAUGGAUCCGUACGAAGCGGGAGCAUCUCCAGUACAGGCACAACGGGGCGCGGGUCCGUUGGCACGGGCCGGUCGCCAUCGGGACCAGCUUCCGACUCGACAACGACACCCGAAUGGCCACAGGCCCACGACACUAGCGAAUCUCCAACGAGUCCCCGACCGAUGCAACACCACCAUCACCAGAACCAGAACCAGCAACUGCAGCAGAAGCCGGAUUUCAUGCACCAGGUUAUCCGGAUGACGGCCAUCGUCUACACGCGUGCCAUUGCCACCGGUACCCCAUUGAGCGUCGCAUGCACGGAAUCGGAUUUCCUGCAGAUCUGGACUACGACGUGGCGGGUGCCCCUGUCGACUUGGAACAGCGCCUUGGGCGUCUUCCACUGGGUCAUGCUGGCUAUUGCGCCGGGGUGUCACCGCACGCCGCACGCCCGCUUCGUCAAGAACAUGACCACGAUCAGCACGCUGACACUCGGAGUCGAGAACUGGGCCAUGGCCAUGAGCGCUGCCAGAGCUGGCAUGAGGCUGCAGUACUGGCUCGGCGGCCAGGACGUUGAGGGAGAAGUGGACGAGGGGGCAUAUCAACAGAAGCAACAAGAGGGAGGGCCAGUAGUCGAAGGGCGGCGUCCUGGUCGCGAAGAGCGGUGA